AUCUCUAGAUUGUUUUGUAUUUCUUGCCAGAUUUGAGAACUAGCGUAUUUUGUUCAUUUGAAGUCUUGGGGUCUUACGCCUUACUGUGCUGCACUGUUUUGGAAACAUUCAUCAUGAACUGCGGCCUCCCGGGUUGUCAUGUGGAAGGACUGGAUGGCAUGGUGUAGCAAAGCACCUGACCCAGUGCUUCCCCGGAGUAAUUGCUCAGUAAAUGCUGUCGUCACUGCCGCCUCCCUCCACUCUGCAUGCAGUCAGCCUGAGGUCACUCUGCAGUGGCAUCCAACUUCUCAUCCGGAAUCACCACUUUUGGGAGGGAUUUGCUAUAAAAUGGGACUUCUGAUUGUACUCACUGGACUGUGGCUGUUUUCCUCAGUAAAGGCAGAUUCAAAAGCCAUUACAACCUCUCUUACAACAAAAUGGUUUUCCACUCCGUUGUUGUUAGAAGCCAGUGAGUUUUUAGCAGAAGACAGUCAAGAGAAAUUCUGGAAUUUUGUAGAAGCCAGUCAAAAUAUUGGAUCAUCAGAUCAUCACGAUACUGAUUAUUCCUAUUAUCAUGCUAUACUGGAAGCCGCGUUUCAGUUUCUGUCACCUCUACAGCAGAAUUUGUUGAAGUUUUGUCUGUCUCUUCAUUCCUACUCGGCUACAAUUCAAGCCUUCCAGCAGAUAGCAGCUGAUGAACCUCCACCAGAAGGAUGUAAUUCAUUUUUUUCAGUGCAUGGAAAGAAGACUUGUGAUUUUGAUACCCUUGACACUCUUCUAUCAACAGCGUCUGAAAGACCAAAACCUUUAUUAUUCAAAGGAGAUCACAGAUAUCCCUCAUCUAAUCCUGAAAGCCCAGUGGUGAUUUUCUACUCUGAGAUUGGCUAUGAGGAAUUUUAUAAUUUCCACCGCCAACUUAUAUCAAAAAGCAGUGCAGGCAAAAUCAGUUACGUGUUCAGACAUUAUAUAUCUAAUCCCAGGAAGGAGCCCGUUUACCUCUCUGGCUACGGUGUGGAAUUAGCCAUUAAGAGCACUGAGUACAAGGCCAAGGAUGAUACUCAGGUGAAAGGAACUGAGAUAAACACCACAGUGAUUGGUGAAAAUGAUCCUAUUGAUGAAGUUCAAGGAUUCCUCUUUGGAAAAUUAAGAGACCUGCACCCUGACUUGACGGGACAGUUGAAAGAACUCAGAAAGCAUCUUGUGGAGAGCACCAAUGAAAUGGCACCUUUAAAAGUCUGGCAACUGCAGGAUCUAAGUUUCCAGACUGCUGCCCGAAUCUUGGCUGCUCCUGUUGAGUUAGCUUUGGUGGUUAUGAAGGAUAUUAGUCAAAAUUUUCCUACCAAAGCCAGAGCAAUAACAAAAACAGCUGUGAGUUCAAACCUUAGAACCGAAGUGGAAGAGAAUCAGAAGUAUUUCAAGGGCACUUUAGGAUUACAGCCUGGAGAGUCAGCGCUGUUCAUCAAUGGACUUCAUAUUGAUUUAGAUACACAGGAUAUAUUCAGUCUGUUUGAUGUAUUGAGGAAUGAAGCUCGAGUAAUGGAGGGUCUGCAUAGACUGGGAAUAGAAGGCCUUUCUCUGCAUAAUGUUUUGAAACUGAACAUCCAGCCCUCUGAGGCUGACUAUGCCGUAGACAUCAGGAAUCCUGCUAUUUCAUGGAUCAACAACCUGGAGGUCGAUAGCAGAUAUAAUUCAUGGCCUUCUAGUCUACAAGAGUUGCUUCGACCCACCUUUCCUGGUGUUAUUCGACAGAUCAGGAAAAACUUGCAUAACAUGGUUUUCAUAGUUGAUCCUGCUCAUGAGACCACAGCGGAGUUGAUUAACACAGCUGAGAUGUUCCUCAGUAAUCAUAUACCACUAAGACUUGGUUUAAUCUUUGUGGUUAAUGACUCUGAAGAUGUUGAUGGGAUGCAAGAUGCUGGAGUGGCUAUUCUGAGAGCAUAUAAUUAUGUUGCCCAAGAAGCAGAUGAUUAUCAUGCCUUCCAAACUCUGAUACAUAUGUACAACAAAGUAAGGACUGGAGAAAAAGUGCAAGUUGAACACGUGGUCAGUGUCCUGGAGAAGGAAUAUCCGUAUGUAGAAGUAAACAGCAUUUUGGGGAUUGAUUCUGCUUAUGAUCAGAAUCGGAAGGAAGCGAGAGGCUACUAUGAGCAGACUGGAAUCGGUCCACUGCCUGUCGUUCUGUUCAAUGGAAUGCCCUUUGAAAAGGAACAGCUAGAUCCUGAUGAGUUGGAAACUGUCACAAUGCACAGAAUCCUGGAGACCACAAGCUUCUUCCAAAGAGCGGUGUACUUGGGUGAGCUGCCCCAUGAUCAAGAUGUGGUGGAGCACAUCAUGAAUCAGCCAAACGUCGUUCCACGAAUCAACGCCAGGAUUCUGACAGCUGAACGGGAGUACCUGGAUUUAACAGCAACCAAUAACUUUUUUGUGGAUGAUUACGCUAGAUUUACUGUCUUGGAUUCUCAAGGCAAGACUGCUGCUAUAGCCAAUAGUAUGAACUAUCUGACAAAGAAAGGAAUGUCCUCCAAGGAAAUCUAUGAUGAUUCUUUUAUUAGGCCAGUAACUUUUUGGAUUGUUGGGGAUUUUGAUAGCCCUUCUGGAAGGCAGUUAUUGUAUGAUGCUAUUAAACAUCAGAAGUCCAGUAACAAUGUUAGAAUAAGCAUGAUCAAUAAUCCUAGCAACGGUGUAAAUUAUGAAAACACUCAGAUCUUCAGAGCAAUCUGGGCAGCUCUCCAAACGCAGACCUCCAACUCUGCUAAGAACUUUAUCACAAAAAUGGCCAAGGAGGAGACUGCAGAGGCCCUGGCUGCAGGGGCUGACAUUGGGGAGUUCUCCGUCGGGGGCAUGGAUUUCAGUCUUUUUAAAGAGGUCUUUGAGUCUUCCAAAAUGGAUUUCAUUUUGUCUCAUGCCAUGUACUGCAGGGAUGUUCUGAAGCUGAAGAAGGGACAGAGGGCCGUGAUCAGCAAUGGAAGGAUCAUUGGGCCACUGGAGGAGAGUGAACUCUUUAAUCAAGAUGAUUUUCACCUCCUAGAAAAUAUCAUCUUAAAAACUUCAGGACAGAAAAUCAAAUCACAUAUUCAGCAGCUUCGGGUAGAAGAAGAUGUGGCAAGUGACUUGGUAAUGAAGGUGGAUGCUCUCCUGUCCGCUCAACCAAAAGGAGAUGCAAGAAUCGAGUACCAGUUUUUUGAAGACAGACACAGUGCGAUUAAACUGAGGCCGAAGGAAGGGGAGACGUACUUUGAUGUCGUGGCUGUCAUUGACCCUGUCACCAGAGAAGCACAGAGACUUGCACCCUUGCUUUUGGUUUUAACUCAGCUGAUCAACGUGAAUCUAAGAGUAUUUAUGAACUGCCAAUCUAAACUUUCCGACAUGCCUUUAAAAAGCUUUUACCGUUAUGUCUUGGAACCAGAGAUUUCUUUCACUUCAUACAAUAGCUUUGCUAAGGGUCCAAUAGCAAAAUUUUUGGAUAUGCCACAGUCUCCUCUGUUCACUCUGAAUUUGAACACCCCUGAGAGUUGGAUGGUAGAGUCCGUCAGAACACCAUAUGAUCUUGAUAAUAUUUAUUUAGAAGAGGUGGACAGUGUGGUGGCUGCGGAGUAUGAGCUGGAGUACCUCUUAUUGGAAGGUCACUGCUAUGACAUCACCACAGGCCAGCCCCCAAGAGGUCUGCAGUUCACGCUGGGAACUUCAGCCAACCCAGUCAUCGUGGACACCAUUGUGAUGGCCAAUCUGGGCUACUUUCAGUUAAAAGCCAACCCAGGAGCUUGGAUUCUCAGACUAAGAAAAGGACGUUCUGAGGAUAUUUAUAGGAUCUACAGCCACGACGGUACAGAUUCUCCACCUGAUGCUGAUGAAGUUGUUGUCGUCCUCAACAACUUCAAGAGCAAAAUUAUUAAAGUGAAGGUUCAGAAGAAGGCAGACAUGGUGAAUGAAGACUUGCUGAGUGAUGGAACUAAUGAGAAUGAAUCUGGAUUUUGGGACUCCUUCAAAUGGGGCUUUACGGGAGGACAGAAGACUGAGGAAGUGAAACAAGAUAAAGAUGACAUAAUUAAUAUUUUCUCCGUUGCAUCUGGUCAUCUCUACGAGAGAUUUCUUCGCAUAAUGAUGCUAUCAGUACUGAAGAAUACCAAGACUCGUGUGAAAUUCUGGUUCUUGAAGAAUUAUUUGUCCCCCACAUUUAAGGAGUUUAUACCUUACAUGGCCAAUGAGUACAAUUUCCAGUAUGAGCUUGUUCAGUACAAAUGGCCGCGGUGGCUUCAUCAGCAGACUGAGAAGCAGCGCAUCAUCUGGGGUUACAAGAUCCUCUUCUUGGAUGUGCUCUUCCCGCUGGUUGUUGACAAGUUCCUGUUUGUAGAUGCUGACCAGAUUGUACGAACAGAUCUGAAAGAGUUGAGAGAUUUCAAUUUGAACGGUGCCCCUUAUGGUUAUACUCCUUUCUGUGAUAGCCGACGAGAAAUGGAUGGCUACAGGUUCUGGAAAUCAGGGUACUGGGCCAGUCAUUUAGCUGGGCGAAAGUAUCAUAUCAGUGCAUUGUAUGUCGUGGAUCUGAAAAAGUUCAGGAAAAUAGCUGCUGGUGACAGACUCAGGGGACAGUACCAAGGUCUGAGUCAGGAUCCCAACAGCCUUUCAAAUCUUGAUCAAGAUUUGCCCAAUAACAUGAUCCAUCAGGUGCCAAUUAAAUCGCUCCCUCAAGAAUGGCUUUGGUGUGAAACGUGGUGUGAUGAUGCCUCUAAGAAAAGGGCAAAAACAAUUGAUUUGUGUAAUAAUCCAAUGACCAAAGAGCCCAAGCUGGAAGCAGCUGUUCGAAUUGUCCCCGAGUGGCAGGACUACGACCAGGAGAUCAAGCAGCUGCAGACUCGCUUUCAGAAGGAGAAGGAAAUGGGAGCACUGCGUAAGGAGACGACGACACAGGAGCCGAGCAGAGAGGGACCUCAGAAACGUGAAGAAUUAUGAUCUCCAGAGGAGGAUAGGAAAUUACACCAUUUGAAAAACACUUUUUAUAUUAAAUGCUAGUUUUUUCUGAUCUGUCUAUACAACUGCUGAUAAACUGGCUGGGCAGGUGUGCCACACCUUUUGAUUCUGGGCGUUUGAUUUUGACUUCUGUACAUCGGCGGGCUCUGGUCUUUGGAGUUAAGGCUCUCUUGGAUUUGUACCUCAGAGGAAGACAAGCAACUGAUCUUUUAGCACUCUGUCAAGAGCAAUCUUCUAACCAGAAGGGAAAAUGGCAAAGGCAACUGGAAGAAAACAAGUGCUGUGGGGCCCACACCCGGGAGCACACACUUGCUGCACCGUCAUGGGAAGUCAACCAACCAGAGCCGCCAUGUUCUUCCUUACCUCAGUCUACCUGCAGUGGAGCUCAGUCUGCAGCCUGUGCUGUGGUGCAGGUGCCGUCCUGAGUCGGAUCGGCAGAAGCUUUGUUCCAGGGUCCACACACCUUGAGGUUAUGCCAGCGUGCGCGCUCCUGUGCCCUUCCUGCAUUCUCUUCCCCAACGUUAGGUUCAUUGUUGAAUUGAAACCCAACCAACAAUCAUGUGUCUUCAGGGUUGGCUCGGGGCAUAUUAAUUUUGGGACGGGAUGGGGGUGGGUUGGGGGGAGGGUAGGAAAAGUGUCAGGAGUUGCAGGGCUCUGGGGUGUUGUGGGGAGGUGAGGAAGACCAGAAAUUGGCCAUCCUCUUUUAUAAAACCAUCAGUAUCAUUGUGACUAAUUUGAAAUGAAAAUGUUAUUCUUAUUCCCCACCCAACCCCAGUGAACUUUCUAGGUAAUUGUUUUAUAAACAAUUUUUGUAUUUGUGAAAGUCUUUGCUUUUUCUUCCCACUUUCUAACAAUAUUGUCUGUUACUGAUUUCCUUACUGGAUACAGCCAUAGUAAGUUUCUCUAGGGAUCCACGUUGGAGGGCUCAGGGCCCCUCAGGAAGGACACUGCAUCAUUUGCCCUCUCCUCUGGAGGAUUUUUCUCUCUCAGACCCAGGACAUUUGGCUUUGACUUUUCUCUGCAAAAGACCCCCAGCUCUGAGACCAGGAGAUAGGUGACUGUGUGAUUCCUGUUUUCUGUACCCUGUUCCGUAGUCCUUUUAGUUGAGUGCUGUGGGUGGCAGAAAUUGCCAGUGCUCCGCCCCUUCUGACUCUGCAUAGUUGAUCUUAAAGCAGUGUUAGCCUUUUGGUCACUGCUUUUUGUGUCUUUCCUUCAGCAGCCCAGUACGGCCCUUCUGGAGCAGCCUUUCCUGGUGAGUGGGCAGUGCUGGGAGGUACCCACAAGGAGAAGAAGUCUUCCGGAGUGUUGUUGGCCUGCAUGGGUGUGCAGCUCCAGGCCCUUCCCUCCGUCUGCCAGGCUGCAGGGACAGCAGCAAGAGCGCUCCCAUGGAGGGCUCCUCCUUCCAGCACAAGCAGUUUUUGCCUCUCAUAUUUUGCCUGCUUUUUAAAAAUAUGAGGAGGGGGAUACAAAUGGAUAGCUAAGUCCUCACUGUUCUCAGCCAGGUCACCUAUUGAUUUGCAGUCUUUAAAAAAUCAGUCUUACAACAAAUAUCAAGUCACUUAUUUUCUCCAUAUUCACGUACAAAAGUUAGCUUAGGAGUCUCUCAGUCAGUCUGAAGGAGCUUUUGAGUUUGCUUUUAUAUUCCGUUAAAAAUUGAGGAGGGGCGGCUCAAAAGAUUUGUAGAUAAAUUGAUCCAAGCCUGUAAAGGUCCCUCAGAGUCGUUGCUGUUGACAAAGGCGGUAGCAGGAGUCCCCCCGCCCUGCCCUUCAGCUGGUCAGAGCAGCUAAAGGGAUGGAAUCAGUGGGAGUAAAAACAUUGGUUCAGCGUCAUCUGAGAUUUAAUUAAGACUUCCAAGAGGCCUGUGCUGCUGCUGCUCUGUCUACAACCAUAGGCAGAACUGUGCAUUUUCCUAGUUUAUUUUCUGGGAGAUUGAGCAGGAAAUACUAAAGUCACUGGGAUAUGCUUUUUAAACGUUGGUUCCCUUGGGACAUGGAACAAGCCAGUUUCUCCGUGUCUUUCUACCAGGUCUCUUAUGCAUAUUCCAUAUGAGGAAGGUGCAGUGUGAAAUCUAUUCUCUGUGUAGUGUGUGUCCUCAUUUCCCUUUCUUCAUCCCACCCUAAACAUAAAUCUUAUUAAUAGUUGAAUCUAAAUAUGCAAGACCCAGCUUGCUCCUGAAAUUUCUGAAAUGGUCUAGGGCCCUCCUCUCCUGCCAGUAAGUCUGGGUUUAUGUGGCAUAAGCAUCUUUUACAGUGAACCUCUUAUGCCCUAGGAAAUGAUGUUACCACAAAAAUCUGGUCUCUGUCAGCAUUGUCUGUUGUCUCUACUGUGUGAAAGCAAAUGGUGACUGAAAAGAUAGGUAGGAGAGAUUUUUUUCCUAAGAAGCAAGAAUUGAUUGCACUGAAACAUUCAAGCUUCUGGAAACUGUUCAGUGUGUUGUUUUUAGCCAUGUAGUGGAUUUUUUCUCUCAAUAUGCCAUAAUAGAACAUUUUCCUUCUGAAGCAGUGCCAGAGUGAUAUGAAGUGAUGUGACGUGUCAGAAUGACAUGCAGCAGUGUGGGUUGUUAUGUUCUGUGAACAGUGGUAUUUGACUGACAUCAAAACCCAUGCACACAGCCUGCUGCUGGGGCUGUGGGGGCAUACCUGUGUUUAGUUUUAAAAUUGUGCUCAAUGCCUACCACAUUGAGAAUGAUGACGUGUUAGUUUCCGUAAGAUUGGUGAAGUGUUGAAUCCAUCAAAAUGUGGCGUUUCAAAUCGAAACAUACAGAUGUUUACCUGCCUACUAAGUGCAUACGUGUCAUGGUAGGCCCGUGUAUUGUGUGAACUCAGCUCUUGGGAGAGCAAAGGUUUUACAUAUAUUAAGAAAUAGUUUCCAAGAAUGGAGCUUAGUUUACUCUGCUGUCCUUAAGUCCUCGUAUUAUGAACAUUGUUAAGGCUCUGCAUGAAGGAACAACUUUUAUCUGGUUGCAGGGACUGAGAGUCCCUGAAGGAAGGGCUGAAAGCUGGGAAUGCGUGCAGUUGUCUGAAGAGACUGCCCAGGUGAGAGGGAGGAAGGAAUCCCAGUUUCCUUUCCUGGGAAUUAUCCUUGACUGACACCAUGGUUUGGAAGAGGUCAGAUACCACCCUCAUAGCAGUGAGUAUAAAUGAUUCCUCUUCCCGUACAUCUCCCGUGGGAGUGAAUUUGGGUACUUGAAAGCAGUCCUUUUCUAAAAUUGCCAUGAAUGAUUAAAAGAAAUAAUUCAACUCAAGAGUUGCUGGGAAGUAUCUUGUGCAUUUUCUGAAUAAAAUGUUAGUACUAUGGUAUGAGAUUUCAUGGAAAUGGAAAUGUUUUGGUAAAGCCACCUAAUGGAAACUUUCCCUGGGUAACAAACAAAUGGAGAGUGAUUGUGUGCAAAGUUACUUAAUAUAUAUAUUCCAUUGUGUAAUUUUAAUAGAUUUUAAGUAUUUGAUUUUAUGGGGACAUUUUUGUGGGAUGGUUAAUCAACUUAAAUAUAGCUGUCAUGUGUCUAGUUGGGUGGGAUGAUAUUUUUUAUUUAAGUUCAUGUAUUCCCUGCCUUGAUGUAGUGAGGAAAGAUCUUAAUCAGGACUUUGGUAAUUACCUGAUUGAAUUCAAGCAAAUUAGACUUCAUUAACUCAGGUCGGUAUUGAUAUUUCAAAGUAUCGAGAGGAUACCAAUUUCUCUUUCAUUAUUUGGUCUUUGAUUUCUCGAUCUAAUACAGAAAUGACACUUGUGAGUUGCAGUGAGUCUGUGCACUGAGUAGAGGAUCUCUCUCCCUCAGGGUGUCAUUGAGUAUUGACAAUUUAUAAAAACAAACCACAAAAUCAGCUUCAAGAAGCUGCAUGCUCCCCAGAAGUAGUCCAUUAUACUCCGUGGUAAUGAUUUUGCAAGCAAGAGGCCAUCUCCUGAGCCUUUCCCAAUUGCCUAGCAACAUGGAGGCCAAAUGUGGAAGAUUUAAUUAGGACACAAGUUAGGGUAUGAGCUGAGACCUUCAUCCUGCCUAUAAUUUAUACAUUGCCUUACUUGUCACUAUGUAGAUUUCCAGAGAAAUGGGCAUAAUUCCUCUCUGAAAUAAAAGUAGAAAAUACAUUAACCUGAGGUCAACAAUUUGAGAAAAAGAUUAUCAAGUACCAUGUUUUCCAACCAGUUAUUCUUAGUAAUAACAAGGUAAACUUGGAAAAAUGUUAGAAUUUUUUAAAAACUAUGUACUUUAAAAGCCUUCUUUAUAACUAUUCUAUUUUACUGCAAUCCUGUUCCAUUAAAUGCAACAUAGGUCCAGGUGCUGCCUCUUGCUUGGGAACAAGCUUUGGGGCUUUUAAUGUCCGUAGAACCCUCUGCACCUGAGGUGAACUGAGAAUGAAUUUCUGGGUACUGUAAUGAAAAUAAGGUCUGCUCAACACAAUAAACUUUUCCUUCUCUUCUUUAAAA